ACACAGGCGGCGGCAUUCGAUUGGUCUAAGGCAUUCUCGAGGCUCCCUCUACUCUUUUUGCUCUUCCAACAACGAACACGACCAAAAGACAGGAUCCCAAUACCAACAGCGGCCUCAUCCGUCCUUUCGUCAAGAGUACAGCAAUGGCCACCUCAACACUCAAGAACCUCAUUCCGCAGCAGUUCAUCAUCGCCAAUAAUGAAUACCUUACACUGCUCGUCCUGCUGUCCUUGAUUGCACUCGUCGGCAUCGCGGUCAAUUUCUCAAUAGGCAGAAAGAGGAACUCGAAGAACACCAUCCUCCUGACAGGGCUACCAUUUGCUGGAAAGACAGCGAUCCACUACAUGAUCAAUUUUGACAAGAAUGUGGAGACUGUAACGUCCAUCAAGGAGAAUGAAGCAGAUGUUGUACUGACAGAGGGAAAGUCCCCAAUCCACAUUGUCGACAUUCCUGGACACGAGCGUCUUCGCUUCAAAUUCUCAGAGUUCAUGCCUAUCGCACGCGCGGUUGUAUUUGUUGUGGACAGCUCAACGGUUGCGCGUCAGACGCGUAUCCUGGCAGAAUAUCUUUAUGACAUUCUCGCGGAUAAGUUCGCGCAGAGUGAAAGGAUGCCUGUCUUAAUCGCCUGCAACAAGUCAGAUCUUUUGACAUCCUUCAAGAAAGAGCGCAUUCAGUCUCUUUUAGAAGUUGAGAUCAACAAGUUACGUCAGACGAGGACUGCAGCAUUGGACACGCAGGGUUCAGAGGGCAACGAGAAUGUUUUUCUUGGAUUCGAAGGAAAGAACUUCAGCUUCCAGGAUCUGGAGAACGAGGUUGAAUUUAUUGAAUGUUCUGCCGAGAACAAGGAUAUCGAGAGCAUCAAGGAUUGGAUGGCUGCCGUGUCAUCUUAGCGAGACAGAAUUAGAAAUCAGAGGCAUCGACUUUAAUCUAAUAAAGAAAUAAAUCGUAUACAAGCGCAGCCGCUUGGAGAAACUACGUAUGCAU